AGGAAACAAAAUCUUCACACUGUAAAAUGGCAGAAGCCAAUGUUUCACUGGCUCAGGAUGAGUUCAGCUGUUCAGUCUGCCUGGAUCUCCUGAAGGAUCCAGUUACUAUUAACUGUGGACACAGUUUCUGUAUGGUGUGUAUUAACAAGUGCUGGGAUCAGGAGGAUCAGAAGAAGAUCUACAGCUGCCCUCACUGCAGACACACCUUCACCUCAAGACCUGUCGUGCGUAAAAACACCAUGCUGGCUGAGGUGGUGGAGAAACUGAAGAAGACGAGACUCCAGGCUGCUCCUCCUGAUCACUCUUCUGCUGAUCCUGAAGAUGUGGAGUGUGAUUCCUGUACUGGGAGAAAACACAAAGCCGUCCAGUCCUGCCUGGUGUGUCUGGCCUCUUACUGUGAAGCUCACCUCCAGCCUCACUACCAAUCUCCAGCCUUUAAGAAGCACAAGCUGGUCAAAGCCUCCAGACGACUCCAGGAGCAGAUCUGCUCUCAGCACGAUAAACUGCUGGAGGUUUACUGUCGCACCGACCAGCAGUGUAUCUGCAUGCUGUGUAUGCUGGAUCACCAUAAAGCACAUGAUACAGUGUCACUUGCAGCAGAAAGAUCUGAGAAACAGAAGCAGGUGGUGGAAACACAGAGGAAAUACAAGGAGAGAAUCCAGGAGAGAGAGAAGGAGCUUCAGGAGUUAAUAGAAGCUGUGGAAACUCAAAAGCGCUCUGCUCAGACAGCAGUGCAGGACAGUGAGAAGAUCUUCACUGAGAUUAUCCUCUCCAUUGAGAGAAGACGCUCUGAGGUGAGGCAGAUGAUCAGAGAUCAGGAGAAAGCUGCAGAGAGUCGAGCUGAAGAACGUCUGAAGAGACUGGAGCAGGAGAUCACAGAGCUGAAGAGGAGAGAUGCUGAUCUGGAGAAGCUUUCAUUCACAGAGGAUCACAUCCAUUUCCUCCAGAGUUUUCAGACUCUCUCAGCUCCUCCUGGAUCUUCAGCAUCACCUGCUUUUACUCUCAGUCCUCUCAACACUUUUGAAGUUGUUAUGAAGUCUGUUUCUCAGCUGAGAGGAAAACUAGACGAAUUCUGGAAAGAGGAAUUUGAGAAGACAUCAGCUGCAGUGAAGGAAGUGCAGAUCAUUCUUCCUCCUGAACCCAAAAGCAGAGAAGAGUUUCUGGAGUAUUCCUGUCAGCUCACACUGGAUCCAAACACAGCCAAUAAAUACCUCCUCCUGUCUGAGAGGAACACAGUGGUGACCCGCAGCGACACAGUCCAGCCAUAUCCUGACCAUCCAGACAGAUUUGAUGGAUGGCCUCAGGUUCUGUGUAGAGAGAGUGUGAGUGGACGCUGCUACUGGGAGGUUGAGUGGAGAGGAGAUGGAGGGGUUGGUAUAGCAGUGUCUUAUAAAAGCAUCUCCAGGAAGGGAGGAGGCUGGGAGUGUGGGUUUGGAUUUAAUGGUCAGUCUUGGAGAUUGUUCUGUAAUUCCUCCAGAUACACAUUCAAAUACAAUAACAGAGAUACUGAAAUCUCUGGAGUGCCCGUCUCCUCUAGAAUAGGAGUGUAUGUGGAUCACAGGGCAGGAACUCUGUCCUUCUACAGCAUCUCUGAUACCAUGACCCUCAUCCACAGAGUCCAGACCACCUUCACUCAGCCGCUCUACGCUGGGUUUUGGUUGAGCUCCAACUCAUCAGUAAAUCUUUUACUUUCAGCAAAAUAGAUGAACAUGCAGAACAAAGGGAAGAGCUGGAUGAGAUCAGAUAAGAACUGCAGAAUCUAGACUGUAGAGCUGAUCAAAUAAAGUUAUAAUAGUGCUGGGAGAUAUUGUUAAUAUAAAUAAUCAUAAUUCUGAACGGUAAUUACGUCUGUCCCAGAUUAGAACUGCAGGUACAUUUCCUGUAUGGAAAGAUUUAUUCAGAUGUAGUGUUAAAUAGUUUAAACUGUUUAUAUCAUUAACAGAGCUCACAGUAACAGAGUUCAUAUUUUAAACUUCAUAUUACAGAAUUUUAUUAAUUUUUAACACAUUAUCAUUUAUUAUAAACUGAAUGAAAGAUCACAAUAAAAUGUUUAAAUUAUUGUACUGUUGUUUUAUCCUCAACAUUUUUAUAUUAAACCAAAGAGAGAG